AUGUUCCAAGAUGAACAAGUCAAGCAGGCAAUCCUCGAUUAUGGGGCAUGUGGUGAUGCGCUGUUUCACAUGAGGAAGUUCGUCCAAGAGCUCUUCACCGUAAUCUCCUUGAAAGUCGAGGAAGUGACCGUCAGUGUGCAAGGACGAAAGCGGAAGUUAUUGUGCUAUAAUCGAAAGCAUGGCCAAAGCAGGUACACAGAGAUUAGCAAUACUCUCUGUUCCUUGACGGGUGGACCACCUGCAGGAAAUGGCUUGGGCGAUGAAAGAGUCUUCAGUCACCAUAUGUUUGUUGCGGCUCUGAAGGGCAAGUGCGAAGGCGUCGUGAUCGACCUAGCAAAUGCGCAAUAUGGUCACUUCGACACUAUCCUCCCAGUGAGCAGAUACUUUCCAGAGCGAGUGAGAAAGGUUACCUCGAUCCAGCCCAUCGGAACUUAUGACGAGACCUUUGGUUCUCUCCUCAACGAGCCUAACAGCUUAUACUUCGAAAAAGUGCAAUUCGGUGCUCUGAGGCUCCAUAGUCUACUGCGAGCCUGGCUGGCAGAGAAGAAUCUAACGCUGACGGGCCUGGUAACUCUCGACAAGGAGUCCUUUCAGACAAAGCUUGCAGUGCUUCGAGAAUAUGCAAGCAGAGGUGUGCGAGCCACGGUCAAGAAAUCGCUCGAGUCCGGUGAUCUGAUGAACCGGCUGAAGCAAGUAGACACUCUAGAAGAAGAGGCGCGGCUGACUAGACGGCGUCUAGAUUGGUUGAAGGCAUCCGGAAUCACAAUCGACAUGAUGCAACCACAGAAUAGAAGCUGGGUUGGGUGGUGA